UGCUGAAUCAUCCUCCACCGUCUGCAGUCGUCCUCUAAUGCCAUCCCCACAUGCAGCAAGGCCCUCCACCGUCCAGGCCCGCAUUAGCAUAUUGAUCGGACGCUUCAAUUUGCUAUAUUAGUUGCAGCAGUCUCUGGAGGUUAGUCUCGGAGGACUCGGAGGUGCAGUUGGCUGAACAGCAGCCAUUCGGAUGGGUAACGUACCCACUACAGUGAAGCACUGCCUGAGCUAUGAGCAACUCAUCCAGGACUACCCAUGGCUGAGACGCUGGCUGCUGCAGGAGAAGACCAUCACAGGACAUCCAGAGUUUGUUAAAAUAGUCGAAGUUGGGCCGAGAGAUGGACUUCAAAAUGAAAAGGAAAUUGUCCCGACAGGGGUGAAAAUCCAGCUGAUAGACAUGCUCUCAGGAACAGGCCUGCAUGUGAUUGAGGCCACCAGCUUUGUCUCUUCAAAGUGGGUACCGCAGAUGGCAGACCACACUGAGGUACUCAGAGGAAUCCAGAGAGCUCCUCAUGUUCAGUACCCUGUUUUGACACCUAACCUGCAAGGCUUCCAGGAUGCUGUUGCAGCUGGUGCUACUGAGGUGGCGGUGUUUGGGUCAGCGUCUGAAACCUUCAGUAAAAAAAAUAUUAACUGCUCUAUUGAUGAAAGCAUGCUGAGGUUUGAGGAAGUCAUUAACACUGCCAAAGAGCAACAGAUUCCAGUCCGUGGAUAUGUUUCUUGUGCCCUUGGAUGCCCCCAUGAGGGACCCAUUGAACCUUCCAAAGUUGCUGAGGUGGCAAAGAAGUUAUAUGAAAUGGGCUGUUAUGAGAUUUCCUUGGGGGAUACCAUCGGUGUUGGUACUCCGGGUUCCAUGUUUAAGAUGCUGCAGUGUGUGAUGAAGGAGGUGCCUGUGGAUGCUCUCGCAGUUCACUGCCAUGACACUUACGGGCAAGCACUGCCCAACAUCCUUACUGCACUUCAGAUGGGGGUCUGUGUGGUGGAUUCUGCAGUAGCUGGCCUGGGAGGUUGCCCGUAUGCUCAGGGUUCAUCAGGCAAUGUUUCAACAGAGGAUGUUCUCUACAUGCUCCAUGGCAUGGGCAUCGAAACUGGUGUGAACCUUGCCAAGGUUGUAGAGGCUGGUGACUUCAUCUGCAAUGCUUUAUGUCGCAAGACAAACUCCAAGGUUGCCCAGGCAAGAGGCAGGACACUGUGAUGUGUUUCUGUAAAGGAAUAUAUUUAAAUAUCUGACUCUGUUCCCUUUAAAGUGCUUCCCCUGUUGUUGCUGCCUUCAAAUUUGUUGCCUAUGCUGCCGUAUUUAAAGUAUAUUGUUCUCUUCCAUCUUAUCCAAAUGUUCUCAAGAAUUAUGAGAUUUUCAACAUUGUGUUUUUGGUCCAAAAUCAUCUCUUUCAGGCUCAGCUCAAUACCUUUUAAUUAAUUUCUGUUUCAUUAUGAUCGACUGAAUCAUCACAUUUUUUUAUACUUUGUUUGGCUCUGUGUGGUUGGACAUUACAUUAAGAGAAAGGAGUAUUUAUUUGUGAUUAAUAUGUUCUCAUUGAUGACUUGAUGAGUUACAGGCCUGUUAAAGACGGAUUUCUAAACUUCUAUUUUAAAACCUUCCCAUAUUUAUUUGUUUCUGACAAAGAAACCCUGUAAAGGUUAGUCAGUUUAUAACUUUGCAUAGCUCAGUGGCCUUAUAAUAAAAUAAAGUAACACGAUAAGAAUUUAGUCUGCUUUGGCUAAAUUGCUGAAUUCAAUUUAUUAUCAGCACAGGAACACCUGUGGUGAUAAUAAAUAGAAUAGAGAAGACUGCAAAAAGAAAAAGCUCUUUCCUGCUUUUAAAAUAUGAAUAUCCCUUUAUGCACUUUGAAGACCUUUUCAGCUUUCCUAUUCAAUGAUAUCCUGUUUGAACAGUAAUUGAAAAGAAGACUAAUUUCAAACUACCACAAAAAUAACUGUAUAAAAGCAGUCUCUGAAAAUGUUCUGCCUCAGGUUUGCCAAAGAUCAAUGAAAAAGUGACCCUUCUCUUUUUACCAUGACAUAAGCUACUGUGUGGGGAUCGUCUGUUUUGAGUGUAAAGUCAAAUGUGAUUGCAUUUUCUCAUGUCUGCUUGUCUUUUUACAUCCCUCUGUGCUUAAAUAGAUAAAAUAAUAACAUCAAAAAUAGAAUGUGACACUGAAUUUUGACAGGAUUUUAUCCAAAGAAAGAUGGAAAAAGAAGAAAUACUGUAUCUAUUGUGCUUCAGAAAAAUUUUCACAUAUG